GUCGUUUUAUUUGCAACAAAGAUUAGAUUUUCAGAUGAUGAUUUUUUGACAUUUUAUUGAUUUAUGCUCAAACUUCAUACUUUCUCAGUCUCCUCUUUGUUCUGCAUUUUUUUUUCCUGGAAAAAUGCAUUUACUUCAUGCACCCAUUCCUCCUAAUCUUUCUUUUCAACCCUCCAAAAAUCUUCAGCACAAAAAUGGAUUAGUAUUUAAUGGUUUAAUUCAACAGCAAAGGCAGAUAAAACCUACAUGGGUUUUGCAUAAUCAAGUUAAUUUUAGUUCUAUUACAGCUAAAGCUUCUUCUGUUGAAGUGGGCGCUUCAACAUCUUCAAUUAAAGAAGCUGAGAGUGAUGUCCUCAAAGCAUUGUCUCAAAUCAUAGAUCCAGACUUUGGAACCGACAUUGUUUCUUGUGGCUUUGUGAAGGAUUUACAAAUUGAUGAAACUUCAAGAGAGGUGUCAUUUCGCUUGGAGCUUACAACCCCAGCCUGUCCAGUCAAGGACAUGUUUGAGCAGAAAGCAAAUGAGGUGGUGGCAGCACUUCCUUGGGUUAGAAAAGUGAAUGUCACGAUGUCUGCCCAACCUGCUAAACCAGUUUUUGGGGGAGAUCUUCCAAAGGGCCUGCAGACAAUUUCAAACAUUGUGGCUGUUUCUAGCUGUAAAGGAGGUGUAGGAAAAUCGACUGUUGCUGUUAAUCUAGCUUAUACUCUUGCUGGUAUGGGUGCUAGAGUUGGUAUUUUCGAUGCUGAUGUCUAUGGUCCCAGUUUGCCAACAAUGGUUUCACCAGAUAGCAGGCUACUAGAAAUGAUUGCAGAGACGAAAACCAUCAUCCCAACUGAAUACUUGGGUGUCAAACUGGUAUCAUUUGGAUUUGCUGGGCAAGGUCGUGCAAUUAUGCGGGGCCCAAUGGUUUCUGGAGUUAUUAAUCAACUGCUUACAACAACUGAAUGGGGGGAACUUGACUACCUUGUGAUUGACAUGCCACCGGGGACUGGUGACAUUCAGCUAACUUUGUGUCAGGUUGUUCCAUUAACAGCAGCAGUUAUCGUUACAACUCCUCAAAAGCUGGCAUUUAUUGAUGUUGCUAAAGGAGUUCGCAUGUUCUCAAAGCUCAAGGUACCAUGCGUUGCUGUUGUGGAGAAUAUGUGUCACUUUGAUGCUGAUGGAAAGCGCUUCUAUCCUUUUGGCAGAGGUUCAGGUUCUCAGGUUGUUCAGCAGUUUGGAAUCCCGCAUCUAUUCGAACUUCCAAUCAAGCCAGCUUUGUCUGCUUCUGGAGAUAGUGGACAACCAGAAGUUGUAGCUGAUCCUCUGGGAGAGGUUGCAAAGACGUUUCAAGACCUUGGAGUUUGUGUUGUACAGCAAUGUGCCAAGAUUCGCCAACAAGUAUCAACUGCUGUCAGCUAUGACAAAUCAAUGAAAGCAAUAAGGGUGAAGGUACCUGAUUCAGAAGAAGAGUUCCUUCUACAUCCAGCAACUGUGAGACGGAAUGAUCGGUCAGCGCAGAGUGUGGAUGAAUGGACUGGGGAGCAAAUGUUGCAGUAUUCUGAUAUUUCUGAAGAUAUUGAGCCAGAAGAAAUCCGACCUAUGGGUAAUUAUGCUGUGCAAAUAACAUGGCCAGAUGGAUUUAACCAGAUUGCACCAUAUGAUCAACUUCAGACCAUGGAGCGAUUAGUUGAUAUUCCUCAGCCAACACCCGCCUAAGGAGACAAGGUUGAAAUAUUAUUUAGUCAGCCUAUCAAAAACAACACUUUGAACGGAUUUGCUUAAAAUUUUCUCCUCCUUUCUGCUUACUGGCAGACUACUAGGAGAUGUGCAAAUGAAUCAGGCAUAUUCCAGCACAAGUGUACGAGAGGUUGUUUAUUUGAGAAAAGAAUUAUGUGCAGUUCCUAAUUCAUACAGCCAUUUGAAGACCGAAUUCCUGGGGUAUUGUAAUAUUGUGCAACUCUUCCCAAUACGGAACACUGCGGGGGAUAUUCAGGAUCUCUUUGAUAGAAAUAUAUAUUUAUUCCAGAGGGCUAUAGAUGGAGAUUGUUCACAGAAUAGUGAUUGAGUUUCUUGAUGAAGUUAAGAUUAGCAACAUGAGAUAGUCUUGUAAUAGCUAGAAUUUAAUGUACAUAUGAGCAUUCAAAAAUCAUUAAAAUCAUUUUGUAUACUUUGAGUAUUCAAGUCACAAGUCAUCUCUGGUUUA